AGAAAUACUGAAACUGCUUUAAACUUCCGACAGCCUAAUGAUGAUUUACCACGCGCACAUUCAUGCAGGUUUUUUUCCCUCUCGCGCUGGGCGCGGGUGACGCGUCGCGUGAACGCACCGGAUCGCGGAACGUCACGUGUCUCCGGCGGACAUCAGCGGAGCGCAAAGUUCCCGACGUUCCAGAUGGGAAGAGCGGGAACGCUUUCGCGAGCAGAGCGACCGGAGGACAUCGCCCGAGCCCCGAUGCUGUUCGCACGCGCGCGCUUUACGGCAGACGCACGCGGCGUCGCGGGAUGCGUGCGUGCGGGAAUUUAACGUUUCCAGCGUUGUUGCAAUGCGGCGGGGAGGAAUCUGAUGAGAGCAGGGAUCUGGGACGGUGAUUCUGCGCUUGCUGUAUCUGGAUCCAGACCUCUGAUCGUGCACGCUCUCUCUCCGGCUGCGCAUCGCGCGUUUCGGCGCUCAUUGAAGCCGCGACGAUGACCACCGCGGGUCAGGAGCAGCAGCAGCAGCAGCAGGACCGCGCCGUGACGACGGUCUCCAAGAAAUCCAUCAUCGCCAAGAUGUUCAAAGUGCGCAAGAGGAGGGAGAUGCUGCUGGCGCAGGUGUGCUUGGUCUGCAGCGUUCUGCUCGUGGCGUGGGGCAUGUCGAGCAUCCUGACCAGGACAGGUCACGGUAUGAUCGCGGAGGAGACUGAUGCGGAGUCGCAGGAUCACUGGGGUCGACGGCUCAUGUCCUCCGCAGCGGAUAAUGUGACGGUGGAGAAGAACUGCACAGAGCCAGCCAUCCAUGAAUUCCCAGAUGAUAUUUUCACCAACGCUGAGAGGAAGAGCGGUGGCGUGAUGCUGCACAUUGUGGCGGCUCUCUACAUGUUCCUGGCCCUGGCGAUCGUCUGUGACGACUACUUCGUGACGUCUCUCGAGAAAAUCUGCGAGAAGCUGAAUCUGAGCGAAGAUGUGGCUGGAGCCACGUUCAUGGCAGCGGGGAGCUCAGCGCCCGAACUCUUCGCCUCCGUUAUCGGUGUCUUCAUCACUCACGGCGACGUCGGAGUCGGAACCAUCGUCGGAUCUGCCGUCUUUAACAUCCUCUGCAUCAUCGGAGUUUGUGGGAUCUUCGCUGGACAGGUGGUCUUACUGACCUGGUGGGCUGUUUUCCGUGACUCUUUCUUCUACAUAUUGUCUGUAGUCGCCCUAAUUGUGUUCAUCUAUGAUGAAAAGAUCGUCUGGUGGGAGAGCCUGGUGCUGGUGGUCAUGUAUGCCGUAUACAUCCUCAUCAUGAAAUUUAACGCAAGCAUGCAGAAGUUCUUCAUGAGACGAGGAGACAAGAACGUGGCCAAUGGAAACGCAGCGGCCGGCAGCGAGCUGGAGGACGUCAAGUCCAGUAAAGUCUACAGUCGAGGUUCGGUGGUCAUGGUUGAUGAAAUCAUCAACGCGAGUCCACCAAAUUACCGUUUCCCUGAAGCCGGUCUCCGUGUGAUGGUGACUAACCACUUCGGACCCAAGACUCGUCUGCGCAUGGCCAGCCGUCUCAUUAUAACAGAGCGUCAGAGGUUGGUCCAGUCGGCGAACGGUGUAGAGACGGCUGUGGUGGACGGCAAACCAGACAUCGAGAAUGGAAAUGUGCCCGAAGACAAAACAACUGAAGACAAAGAGAGUGAACUCACCUCACCGUUCAGAUUACCAAACGGCUGUAUGAACACAACUAAAUGGCUGAUCUCUUGGCCGUUGCUGCUGAUCCUGUUCUUCACCAUCCCAAACUGUGCCAAGUCUCGCUGGGAGAAAUACUUCAUGCUCUCCUUCAUCCUCUCCACCGUCUGGAUCGCUGUCUUUUCCUACUUCAUGGUGUGGAUGGUGACGAUCAUCGGAUACACGCUCGGCAUCCCCGAUGUCAUCAUGGGCAUCACGUUCCUGGCGGCGGGCACGAGCGUCCCGGACUGCAUCGCCAGCCUGAUCGUGGCUCGUCAAGGUCUGGGAGACAUGGCCGUGUCCAACACCAUCGGCAGCAACGUCUUUGACAUCCUGGUGGGGCUCGGCGUUCCCUGGGCGCUGCAGACGAUGGCAGUCAGUUACGGAUCAGUUGUGAUGAUAAACAGCCGGGGACUGCUUUACUCUGUGGUGCUGCUGCUGGGAUCCGUCGCUCUCACCAUUCUUGGGAUUCAUCUGAACAGGUGGAAGCUGGACUUCAAGCUGGGCGUCUACGUGCUGGUGCUCUACGCCGUCUUCCUCUGCUUCUCCAUCAUGAUCGAAUACAACGUCUUCACCUUCGUCAACCUGCCCAUGUGUCAGGAAGACUAGUCUCUUCAUCCCAGCUCCAGAACCAUCAUCACCUCAGACCGGACGAGACGCUGGUCUUCAUCAGCGCCGACGCUUCUCUCGAGCUCCUUCGGUUUUUUUCCUUCAGCUCAUUUCCCCCCAUUUCGACCCCCCGGAAAGAGGAACUUCUCCUCGGCAGCUCUUCCCUUCCAGUCGAGAUCUUUGAUAUCUCCGAACGCGUGGAGAACACGGGAGCGUCUGGACGCCUGGAUGAGCAUCCGUUUUUUCCGUAUCUGAAUUCUUUUUGCAGUGUAGCGCUUUUUCCGGCUCCGAGAAAUCAGCUGAAUAUUUAGAAAUGCAAGAGAAACGAAUCGUUUUUUUGUCAGUAUCGUGUCCUAAUCGGGCAACGGACCGUGCAGAUCUGUGCAAUCUCAUUGGUUUUAAAAAAUCUGCAUAUUAAUCAGCGACAGCGUUGCAGCUGGCUCUUUCAGCGCAGAUGGACUAAUUACUUUCAUUGGAAGCGUGUCGCGCCUGAUUGGGACACGUGCAUGUUUAUUCUGCAUUUAACAUUUUCCUGAUCGGUGUUUUUGAGAGAAAUAUCUAAACGUCCUUAAAACAAGAUACGUUUAGAGUUUGCGAAGAAUAUUAUCUUCAAUUAAGUAAAUUUGAAUUAGUUUCUUACAUCGCCGUUUUAAGCAUAAACCUGAAUAUUUACUUUUAGAUUUAUGUAAAAAAAAGAUAUAUAUGAGUAAAAAUAUUGCUCGUCAUUCAUCGUUAUAGUAAAAAACGAGAGUUAAAAAAGUCUAUUUCAAACUAGAUAUUUUUCUUAUAUUCUUGUUAACCUGACUUAAUUUAUUUAGAUUUAUGCUGAAAAAAGAAGAACGAUAUUUAAAAAUACAUCUAAAAUACAAUAAACGAAUAGAUUAAAAUAAAUUGCAAAGGAAGUUCAGAGCAAAUAAAAAGAUUUGAAUAUCAUUAAGACUUAUUGUUAUUAAUUAUGAUUGUUAAAUCGCGAAUCUGACUAAAUUGAGUUAGAUUUACUCUUUAAAAAAGAUUCGAAUGUACUCCGUCAUCCAUCGCUACAGUAAUAAAAUUGAGGUUCAAAUUUAAAUAUUUGAAGAUGCUGUACGAAAAAUCGACUUCAAGUUGCGUUUUAAUGAUAUUUAGAUAUUUAGAAAAACACAUCGAUACCGAAUGGGUCAUUUCGUUUUGCAUAUAAAUUGUACAAUUUGCAUAUUUUUAAUCCCAAAACGCGAUGUUCCUGUUUCAUGACUUUAGGAAGUUUUGCCGUAGCCUCUUUGAGGGCUCUGUGAACACAAACUUGCCUACGAAGAGAUUUAAUAAUCACGUUUAUUUUCA